GCAGCACCGUCAGUCUUGCGACCGCGAACAGGACGUGAUCAACAUGGACUUCGACGUCCUCGUGCUCGGCACUGGGCUUUCUGAGUCCAUCGCAGCUGCUGCACUCUCGAAGGCAGGCUUCAAGGUCGCGCACGUCGACAACAACCAGUAUUAUGGCGGAGACGAGGCGUCGCUCACGUUGGAUGAGCUAGCGGUGUGGGCUGACUCCCGUACGGCUGAAGCAACCGAGAAAUCACCCACAAGCUACUUCGCGAACCAGAGAACUCGAUACACAUCCGUAUCGCGCUCGCCGACCAUCCCGCCACAGUCCAGACAAUACUCUGUGCCACUUGCGCCCUCUAUCGUGCCUUCUGUGGGCCCGCAUAUCGACUCUCUUGUAGCUUCCGGUGUUUCGCGAUACGGCUCCUUCAAGUUGUUGGAGAAGGUCGCGGUCUACGAUCGGCCUGGCGUAGUGCAGAGCGUUCCCGGGAGCAAAGAGGACGUAUUCAAGAGCAAGGCGCUGUCUCUUCUCGAGAAGCGCCGCUUAAUGCGUUUCCUCCUCUUCGCCGCAGGAGAAUUUGAGGGCAAGAAGGAGCUUGAGGGCAAGGAACGCAUGCCCUUUUUACAGUUUCUGCGCGAGGCGUUCAGCCUCAGCGACAAGCCGGCUACGGCGAUUACAUAUGCUUUGGCAUUCUGUAUCACCGCGGAUGAGCCUACCCUCCCAGCAUUGAGCAGGAUUCGUCAGUACCUCCGCUCAGCAGGGCGGUACGGUGCUACACCGUUUCUGGUGGGACACUAUGGUGGCCUGGGCGAGACUGCUCAAGGUUUCUGUCGCACAUCCGCCGUCAAGGGCGGUACCUACAUACUGGGACGACGCGUGGUAGCAGUCAAGUCUUCUCCACCGACGGCGGAUGCCGCACAACAUGAUGAGAAGGCUUCUACGUCUUCAAACACCGAAAUACGGUAUAGCGUGGAGCUAGAAGACUUUGAUGAACCGCUCACGGCGAAAAUUCUUCUCGCGUCGCCUGACUACGUCUCGCCCGGUCCGACUGUCAAUCUUCCAUCGUCAUCCACUCCCGCCCUCUCGAACUCUGUUUAUGCAGUUGCUAGAUGUGUCGCAAUCGUGGACAAGCCAUUAUCGUUCACUCCGUCCGAGCCCUUGGAAGAGCCGGCCGCAGCUCAGGCCGAAACGGAAGACGCGGCAGACGAUGAAGCUGAGGAAACACCUAGCGCACCUCUUCCACCCAACUACGAAGUGGACACCGUGGUACUCGUCUUCCCGCCUGGCAGUCUGGUUGGCGGAUCGUCGACGACGGCUGCGCACGUUCUGGUGACGGGUGAGGGCAGCAUGUCUGCGCCAAGAGGGAAAUGGAUUAUCAAUAUCUCGCUACCAUGCGCAUCUUCCGCUGAGCAGUCGCGUUCUGCGGAAGAGCUUUUGCGACCAUACCUCGACGCUACCCUCACACUCACGGCACCACCACCAACAUCCUCGGACCCACAGCCAACUACUCCACUCUUCACCGUAUUCUAUAUACAUCAUCCAGCACCUCACCCUCCCGCACCAUCAACUGUCGGCGCAGGGAUCAUCGUCUCGCCUCCGCACACAUCUCUGCUCCCUGAAAUCGCGGAUGCGGCCACGCAGCACGCCGAGGUUAUGUUUUGGAAGGCCGUAGAGACGCUCGGACGGAGACCGCUUGUACAAGAGAGCGGUAGUACAGACGGUGUAGAGGACAAGAGCGAAGAGAGCGGGGAGAAGGAGGCGGAGGAAGACUCGGACUCGGGCGAGAUCGACUCGUUCUGGCCUCCGUUGGACGCUGCCGAGGUCGAGAGCGCAGACGACUGGUGAAGGACACGAUAGGAGAAUAGACACAUAUGGAUUGUAUGACUAUGUAUCGAACAUUGUACGCGAAACGGGGCCGGAGCAGUAUGAC